UCUCUCUCUUCCAGUCAGCGUUCUCAGUCUUCUUCAAUGGUGUCUCUCUUCUCCACGUAAUGAACGGAGUCUAAGCCCUCUCCCUCUCCCUCUAGCUUCGCCGGUACGGACAUUGUAUCAGCAGGAGACGUCGGUGGUCGGAAUUGAAAGCGUUAGCUUGCUGCGUUCAGAUAAUGCUCUGUUUCCAGUUCCGGCGGAGCUAACUGUCAGAAGAUCAAUUCAGGCCAGUACGAUUUUUUUUUUCGGUGUACAGGUUCUGCAGAUUUACUCCGCAAAAGAUGGCUGAUAGUGAAAGAGAUGAAAUUCCAAUGCUCUCAGCAGCACAAGAGCAAAAUUCAGCCGAUUAUGAAGACCCUCGAUUUCGGGCAUUAACAUCUAGGACCAGGAGCGCAUCAAUGUCCAUUCCUUCAAGCGCCAUGGAUUCCAACCAAAAUCUAACCUAUCUUGUGGGUCGUACUGGACCUUUACGUAGUGAAAGAAAGACGACAUUCUCAACAAUGAGCGGGCCAUUGUAUCCAAGACCUGAGAAUCCCUUUCGCCUGAAUCAAUUUGGGGGAGGGCGCAAAGGAGUAGAACUUACAAAAGAGAAAUAUCCUUCUUUCAGUAUAAAGGAUGAGAAUGAUUGGCCUGAAGACAGUUAUGCUGGUAAAAACGAGCAUUUGUUGAGGUCUGGGCAGCUGGGCAUGUGCAAUGACCCUUACUGCACAACUUGCCCGACAUAUUACAAUUCCAAAGAAACAAAGAGUAAAAUAUCAAAAAGUUCGGCGAUAUUUGAUCCGUUUCAUAACGCCCUUUAUGGGGAUGCAAAGGGAUGGGCAAGGAGAUUUUCCUCUUAUAUUUCCAGCUAUAUACCCGGUGUUAUGAAUCCUCAUGCUAGAGUUGUUCAGCAGUGGAACAAAUUUUUCGUGAUUUCUUGCUUGUUCGCUGUAUUUGUUGACCCGUUAUUCUUCUUCUUGCUGGGUAUUCAAUCGGAGAAUAAGUGCAUAGUUUUGAAUCAAACCUUCACCACGACGCUGGUGAUUUUUAGAAGUGUGACUGAUUUCAUUUACUUCCUCCACAUACUUCUUCAGUUUAGAUUGGCCUAUGUAGCUCCCGAGUCAAGAGUAGUUGGCGCUGGAGAUUUGGUUGACCAUCCAAAAAAAAUUGCUCUUAAUUACCUGCGAGGAUAUUUCUGUGUAGAUCUUUUUGUUGCAAUCCCGCUUCCACAGAUUAUGAUAUUGUUGGUUAUACCACAAUUCAAGGGAAUAUCUGCAGCAAACUAUGCCAAAAAUCUUUUACGUGCAGUUGUUCUUGUUCAGUACAUUCCUCGAUUAUAUAGAUUUUUACCUAUGCUUGCUGGUCAGUCUCCAACUGGCUUCGUUUUUGAGUCAGCGUGGGCCAACUUUGUCAUGAAUCUCCUCACAUUUGUGUUGUCUGGCCACGUCGUUGGAUCAAUGUGGUAUCUCUUGGGGCUACAGCGGGUCAAUAAGUGUCUUCGAGAUGCAUGUGGCCCUGUUGGUCUGUGUGAAUUCAUGGAUUGUGGCCAUGGGGAUAAGAUUGGUAAAUUCAGCUCGAAUACGACGUGGGGUUCCUGGAAAAACAAUACAAAUGCUACCGGUUGCUUUACACAAGAUGGUUUUGAUUAUGGGAUUUAUGAAAAGGCUGUGAAUCUUACGACAAAAGGUAGCAUUGUCACAAGAUAUGUCUACUCUUUAUUUUGGGGAUUCCAGCAAAUCAGCACUCUAGCUGGAAAUCAAGAACCUAGCUAUUUCAUUGGGGAGGUCCUUUUCACCAUGGGCAUCAUUGGAUUAGGCCUCUUGCUGUUUGCUCUUCUCAUUGGGAAUAUGCAGAACUUUCUCCAGGCUCUUGGGAAAAGGAGGUUAGAAAUGUCAUUGAGACGCCGUGAUGUUGAGCUUUGGAUGAGGCACAGGAGCUUGCCGGAAGAGCUGCGAAGGAGAGUUCUUCAGGCUGAAAGGUACCACUGGGCUGCCACCCGAGGAGUCAAUGAAGAAAUGCUUUUGGAGAAUUUACCUGAGGAUCUUCAGAAAGAUAUAAGACGCCAUCUCUUCAAAUUUGUGAAGAAAGUCCGGAUAUUUGCACUCAUGGACGAUCCAAUCCUAGAUGCGAUCUGUGAGAAGUUAAGGCAGAAGACGUACAUCAAAGGAAGCAAGAUCUUGAACCGUGAUGGUCUGAUUGAAAAGAUGAUCUUCGUUGUGCGAGGGAAAAUGCUGAGUGAGGCAGAGGACGGGAUCACUGGCCUAUCUGAAGGGGAUGUUUGCGGAGAGGAGCUUCUAGCUUGGUGCCUCGAGAAUUCUUCUGUGAACAAAGAGGGAAAAAGAAUAAAAGUGUCUGGGCAAACGAUGCACAGCAAUAGGACUGUGAGGUGCUUGACGAACGUGGAAGCUUUCGCCCUUCGAGCAGAAGACCUUGAAGAGGUCACCAGGCUCUUUGCAAGAUUCCUUCGGAAUCCUCGGGUUCAAGGAGCCAUAAGGUACGUAUCACCCUACUGGAGAGGCCUUGCAGCCACUCGAAUCCAAGUCGCAUGGAGAUAUAGGAAGAAAUGUCUAAGUCGUGCCAACACCUGCCAGUCCCAAAAUCCUCCCAAGUAAAAGUAGUGUAUUUGUACCUUGUACGAUAUAGUUACGUGACUCCUUUUGUCCAUGGAGUUCACUUCGAUCAUCGUGUGAUUAUCUUAUAUAGGAACAGAUUAGAAAUCUGUAUUUGAUUCAUGUAUACUGGGGAAUUUCGGAUCCAAUGUCGAGUUCUUAUAGAGAGGACGUGAAGAAGAUAGAUGAUAAAUGAUCGGAAUAAGACUUCCGUAAUCAUAAAUUCAAAACUUAUUUAUUUUUUC